GUUUUGCUUGUAACAUGGAAUAUAUGGAAGAAGACCCAGAGCUGGGAAUGGUAUCAGAACCAGAAUCUAACAGCGCAAUAAUAAACUCUCUAAAUGCGGACUGCUGGCGCCUCAUCCUGGACUAUUUAUCGGUUCAGGAGCUCCUGCAGACGGAACGUACCUGCAAAGACUGGCAGAAAUUGGUGCUUCAUCACAUAUCACAUCGCAGAAUUAUGAUUCAAGAGAGUGAAUGUGACGAAAAUACUUUGAUAUUAAGAAAGUCAAGCGACGUAUGGCCAUCGUUCAAACGUUGGCUCAAAAAAUGUGGACCUUCAGUUCAGGAGUUUGAUGCCGAUGGCCAAUAUUUCAGGGGUGUGAUGGAGGUUCUCAGGGACACCUGCCCGAACCUGGAAGUCCUCAGGCUGACGAAUUUAAAAAAGAAGUUGUCGCCAACCAACACGCUCCACUUCCAAAAACUCACGUGGCUCGUGUUCGAAAAUUGUGAUGAGAUAACAGACGAUUGCAUCAACCAGUUCCUUACAAGCGAUAUGAACGAAUUGGUGAUCAUAUCCAACAAACGCGUGACAGGCAAAUUUCUAAACAAUUUGAAAGCUGGUCAAAUGAAGCGUCUCAUACUAAGAGACUGUAGAGCUUUAAAAUUCUCCUUCCUCCUUACUUACGCAGAUCGUUUAAAAAAUCUGACAGAUUUAGUGCUAUGGAAGAAAAAUCGUAGUAAAAUUGAAAUUAGAAGCAAACUUCAUUUGCUGUUAGACAAAAUGCCUAAUUUGGAACAGAUAGGCUUCAGUGUUGUGGACAUGUUUAAUAGGUAUAACGACCAGCAGUGUCUUGAGGAGAGUAAUGUGUUUUUCGAGUCGGUGUGUCGACUUGAGAAGUUGCAUCGGUUUAACGCGAACUUCGAUAUGUGGGAUCACCAUUUGGAAGCGUUGGCGAGGAAUUGUAAGGAUUUGUUGGCCUUGCACUUGUCCUGCGACCAAAUAACUCGAGAGGGGCUGGACGCGUUAUGUCGUCACCGGGGCCCCCAACUUUAUGAGCUGAACUUGUCGGGCAGCGCGCUCGUCGAUGACGACAUAGUCGCGUGUAUCUACGCCUGCCCUAAACUCCUGUGGUUAGACAUUACCUUCUGCCAUAUAUCGGCGGGCGCGGUACAACGCAUCGCGAGCGCGCGGCGCGACAUGCGCGACAACUUGCGCGACAGCAAGUACGCCAGCAACGACCACAAUAACCUCUGCUUCAAGCUGCUGUUGUUCAUAUAUCGGCGGGAUUUUAACGGGAACGAGGAAGAUUUUAAGGAUGUCAUCGAUCUGCGAUACAAAAACUACAGAGACGAUGAUUACACCAGUGAUGAUGAAUAUUAAGAGGAAAC